AGAGAGAGCGAGCGAGAGUGAGUGAGAGAGAGAGAUGCGUUUGGUACCACCGGGCUGUUUGAUCGAGAAGUGGCUGCGAUUGUUCUGAUUUCGGUAGGGCUAUCAAACGAGUAUUUGCCCGGAAAGGUUUGGUUCCUGUCAUGUCCUCUCACAACGUGGUGAUUGUUAUCAGAUAAAAUUGAGAAAAUCGAUGAGUAGCUACAGUAACAACGACCAGAAAAUGUGUGUAAGGUCACUGGAAAGAAAAGAGUGAUGACACGGCUGUGAGGGACACACAUUCACAGCGCUGAACCCAGGACCCCGCUGAGAGAGGGAGAACUGCGGGGGAGAUGCUCCAUCUGCUGACGGUGUGUGGCGGUGUAUUCUCUCUCUCUGAGGGGAACAGGAACUAACGAAGGCACCGAUAUGGAUCCCGCACUGCACCCCUCAUUUCUCUAACACCCACACCCACACACCAUUGAAGACGAGGGAGCAGGAAGGAGGAGACACAGAGACUAGCUGAUAGACUAUAGAAGACUAGAACUAGAAACACAGAGCUCUAGCACCACGUGACUGGCAGUCAGAGGAACCCUCUAUGGAGGGUGUAGGGUGCUAGGAAGGGCCCUAAGAGAACUAUAGGGUGCUACAAAGGCCCCCAAGAAGACUGUAUGGUGCUAAGAAGGCCCCCAAGAAGACUGUAUGGUGCUAGGAAGGGCUCUAAGAAGACUGUAGGGUACUAGGAAGGGCUCUAAGAAGACUGUAGGGAUCUUGGAAGGGCUCUAAGAAGACUGUAGGGUGCUCCCAAGGGUGUUCGCACCAUGAGCUGUAGAGUAGUUUGUGCUGCCCAGCUCUAGCCUGUGUCUGCGUGUGUGUGCGUGCGUGCGGUGUGUGUAUGUGUGUGCGCGUGUGUGCGAUGGCGGUGUGUGUGGGGGCCGCGGCCCCCCUGCUGUGUGUCUGGCUGUGCCUCUGUAGCGUUGGGGGAUCCAGAGGGGAGGUGCUAGAGUUUGGGGGGGUCUCGGGACAGUGGGGGCGGUUCCCGGUGUGGAACGCGUGCUGCGAGAGCAUUCUGUCGUUCAGCGUUAGAACUCACAGCGCGGACGGGCUGCUGCUUUACCUUGACGACGAAGGAUUCUGCGACUUCUUGGAACUUUUGUUGCUACACGGAAAACUCCGCCUACGAUUCUCAAUCUUCUGUGCCGAGCCAGCCGAGGUGAGUUCCGGGGUCGCCGUGAGCGACGGCCACUGGCAUGCCGUGCGUGUGAAACGGGACUGGAGGAACACAAGCCUUGAGGUGGAUGGAAAGAUGGAGGGAUGGGCGGAGGUAAAGAGCAAACGGAAAGACAUGACAGUGUUUAGCCACACUUUUAUGGGCGGGGUUUCCCCAGAGCUCCAUGCCUCGCCGCUCCGCCUCACUUCCCCUGGUGUAAGAGACCACGCCUCUUUUGCUGGCUGGCUCGCUGGGGUCACCAUCAACGGAUCGGUGGCCGUUCUGGAAGGAUCGGAGGGUGUUACCGUGGGAAACGGGUGUGGGCCGGCCCACGUGUGUCAGAACGGAGGGGUGUGUUCUGUUGUCGAGAUGAGGGCCGUCUGCGACUGUACCGGCACCGGCUACAAAGGCAACGACUGCAGCGAAGAACACCACAGCCCAGGUCUGGCUCACCUGAUGAUCGGCGACCAAGCCCGUGAGGACUACUUAGCAACCUUUAAGGGGUCAGAGUAUUUCUGCUAUGACCUGUCUCCCAGCCCCAUCCAGUCCUCUAGUGAUGAGAUCACCCUGAGCUUUAAGACCCUGCAGAGGAACGGCCUAAUGCUCCACACGGGCAAAUCAGCCGACUACGUCAACCUGGCCUUAAAGAACGGAGCCGUGUCACUGGUCAUCAACCUGGGGUCCGGGGCCUUCGAGGCCCUGGUGGAGCCGGUUAACGGGAAGUUUAACGAUAACUCCUGGCACGAUGUCAAGGUCACACGCAACCUGAGACAGCACUCAGGCAUUGGACACGCUAUGGUGACCAUCUCUGUGGACGGCAUCUUGACCACUACGGGCUACACCCAGGAAGACUACACCAUGUUGGGCUCAGACGAUUUCUUCUACGUGGGUGGAAGUCCCAGUACUGCUGACCUCCCUGGAUCUCCUGUUAGCAACAACUUCAUGGGCUGCCUUAAAGAGGUGGUGUAUAAGAACAAUGAUGUACGGUUGGAGCUGUCUCGGCUGGCUAAGCAGGGAGAUGCUAAGAUGAAGGUGAGCGGUAUAGUGGCGUUUAAGUGUGAGAGCGUGGCGACCCUCGAUCCCGUGACCUUUGACACCCCAGAAUCGUUUGUGGCAUUGAGCAAGUGGAGCGCCAAGAAGGCGGGGUCAAUCUCCUUUGACUUUAGAACGACAGAACCCAACGGACUGAUGCUCUUCAGCCACGGGAAACCACGGCAACAGCAACGCAAAGACCCCCGCACACCCCCCACCCUAAAGGUGGAUUUCUUUGCCAUCGAGAUGCUGGAUGGUCACCUGUACCUUCUAUUGGACAUGGGGUCAGGAACCACCAAGACCAAGGCCAUCGACAGGAAGGUCAACGAUGGCGAGUGGUACCACGUCGAUUUCCAGAGGGACGGACGCUCAGGUACUAUCUCAGUGAACUCACAGCGUACAGCGUACACCGCUCCAGGAGACAGUGAGAUUCUAGACCUGGAUGAUAUCCUGUACCUAGGAGGAUUACCAGAGGACCGCCAAGGACUCAUCUUCCCUACUGAGGUGUGGACAGCGUUGUUGAACUAUGGAUAUGUGGGCUGUGUGAGAGACCUGUUUGUGGACGGUCAGAGUAAAGACAUCCGUCGCCUGGCUGAGGCUCAGAGGGCUGUAGGAGUGAAACCCUCCUGCUCCAGAGAGCCCCCUAAACAGUGUCUGUCCAACCCCUGCCAACACAGCGCCACCUGCAGGGAGGGCUGGAACAGAUAUGUGUGUGACUGCUCUGGGACCGGAUACCUGGGACGGGCCUGUGAGAGAGAUGCGACCAUCCUAUCAUAUGAUGGUAGUAAGUUUAUGAAGGUCCAGUUGCCCGUUGCGAUGCACACGGAAGCAGAGGAUGUGUCGCUACGUUUUCGCUCCCAGCGGGCCUACGGUGUUCUCAUGGCAACAACAUCACGGAACUCAGCCGACACGCUCCGACUGGAGCUGGAUGGGGGUCGUGUCCGUCUCACUGUCAACCUAGACUGUAUCAGGAUUAACUGUACCGCGAGUAAGGGUCCAGAGACCAUCUUUGCAGGGCUGGGGCUGAAUGAUAAUGAGUGGCACACUGUCAGAGUGGUGCGACGCGGGAAAAGCCUCAAACUCACCGUCGACGACCUGCAAUCUGUAGAAGGUCAGAUGGCAGGCGACCACACCCAGCUGGAGUUCCACAACGUGGAGACAGGCAUUGUGACGGAGAAGCGCUUCAUGCCUGCUGUGCCUUCCAACUUCAUAGGGCACCUGCAGGGCCUCACCCUCAACGGCAUGCCCUAUGUAGACCUCUGUAAGAACGGUGACAUCGACUAUUGCGAGCUGAACGCUGUGAUUGGUUAUAAGAGCAUCGUGGCGGACCCGGUGACGUUCAGGUCACGGUCGAGCUACGUGACCCUGCCAACGCUCCAGGCCUACUACUCCAUGCACCUGUUCUUCCAAUUCAAAACCACCUCCCCUGACGGACUCGUCCUCUACAACAGAGGAGACGGAAACGACUUCAUAGUGGUGGAGCUGGUCAAAGGCUACCUCCACUAUGUGUCCGACCUGGGGAACGGAGCUCACCUGAUCAAAGGGAACUCCAACUCUCCUCUGAAUGACAACCACUGGCACAACGUCCUCAUAGCCAGAGACACCAACAACCUGCACACUGUUAAGAUAGACACCAAGGUCACUACACAGACCACUAUGGGGGCCAAGAACCUGGAUCUCAAAGGUGACCUGUACGUAGGGGGCGUGGCUAAAGAGAUGUACCGUGACCUUCCCAAGCUCGUCCACUCCCGCGAAGGCUUCCAGGGUUGCCUAGCAACCGUCGACCUCAACGGCCGAUUACCCGACCUGCUGGCCGACGCCCUUGCUACGACCGGACAGGUGGAGAGGGGCUGUGAAGGUCCCAGUACUACCUGUCAGGAAGACUCCUGCGCCAGUCAGGGCGUGUGUUUACAGCAGUGGGAAGGAUUUAGCUGUGAUUGCAGUAUGACAUCAUUUGGGGGACCGCUCUGCAAUGACGCGGGGACCACUUAUAUCUUUGGUCGCGACGGGGGUGUGAUCGUGUACACCUGGCCUCCUAACGAGAGACCCAGCACACGGGCUGACCGGCUGGCGCUGGGCUUCAGCACACAGCAGAAACACGCUACUCUGCUACGGGUCGACAGCGCCUCGGGACUGGGGGACUACCUACAGCUACAGAUAGAUAAAGGAAAUAUCAGGGUAGUGUUUAACGUGGGGACAGAUGACAUCAACAUUGAAGAGACUGCUAAAUUUGUUAAUGAUGGGAAGUACCACAUAGUUCGGUUUACCCGCAGCGGAGGCAACGCAACCCUGCAGCUGGACGACCUGCCAAUCAUAGAGCGCUACCCCUCAGGCAACAUUGAUAACGAGCGCCUGGCAAUCGCUAGACAGAGAAUCCCCUAUCGGCUCGGUCGAAUAGUUGACGAUUGGCUACUCGACAAAGGCCGCCAGCUGACCAUCUUCAACAGCCAGACGACGGUGACGGUGGGAAGAGGAAAGGAAGCAGGUCAGUUCCAGGGUCAGAUGGCCGGUCUCUACUACAACGGACUGAAGAUACUCAACAUGGCCGCCGAGGGACACGCCCACAUCCGCCUGGAGGGCAGCACACGAUUGGUUGGGGACAUGCCCUCCUCCUCCAUCACGCCCCAAUCCAGCGCUGCCGCCGGGGGCAACCGAUUAGAUCCCGCCGCCAAUGCCGGCGACAUCACCACGACAACCGUCACAAAUAAGAAGCAAGGAGGAGGAAGUACGCAGCAGUCGACAGACGACCUGCUGGUGGCAUCAGCUGAGUGUCCCAGUGAUGACGAGGACAUUGACCCAUGUGACCCCAGCUCUGCAGCCCACCCCCCUCUCCCGGAGGUCAAGCCGUUCCCGGGGACAUCGGAGGUGGUGAGGGAGUCCAGCAGCACCACGGGCAUGGUGGUGGGCAUCGUGGCGGCCGCCGCCCUCUGCAUCCUCAUCCUGCUCUACGCCAUGUACAAGUACCGCAACCGCGACGAGGGCUCGUACCACGUGGACGAGAGCCGCAACUACAUCAGUAACUCUGCCACCCAGCCUAACGGCAGCACCAAGGACAAGCCGCUGGGCAUCGCCAACAUCUCCAAGAACAAGAACAACAAAGACAAGGAAUACUAUGUGUGAGGAGAGGAGGAACUAACUAAUAUAUACAGCAGUGGAGGCUGCUGAGGGGAGGACGGCUCACAAUAAUGGCUGGAAUGGAAUAAAUGGAAUGGCAUCAAAAACAUCAAAGACGUGGUUUCCAUGUGGUUGAUACCACUCCAUUGACUCCAUUCCAGACACAUUUAUGAGCCGUCCUCCCCUCAGCAGCCUCCACUGACAUAUAGACAUAUACACGUAUACACACAUACAGGAGGACAUGCUCUGAUAUACACACUUACACAAACACACACAGAAAAUUACACACACACACACACAGAGUGAGACGGAGAGACUGUCAUGAGGGCAGAGGCCCAUGCUGUACAGUAAUAGCCACUCACCACAGCCUCUCUGUGUUCAACCAGAAUAUAGCAAGCAGAUAGUAAAGGACCAGUAAAGAGCAAUUAUUUUAAAGGA